GGCGGCGGCGGGAGCCUUGGCCGCCGCCUCCUGCGCGCCCUUGCUGCCCCGAGCAGCCCCAGGAUUGCGAACUCGUGCCCCUGACUUAUCGGGCGGGGCUCCGCGCUCCUGCCCUCGGCCCGGAUGGGUCUCCUGGCUGGGACUUGGGGCUCCUGGAGUUAAUGUCCAACUGGAGGUCUGCGGAGACCGGAUCCGAGGUGCCGCCGCCGGACGGGACUCUAAGAUGAAGUUAUGGGAUGUCGUGGCUGUCUGCCUGGUGCUGCUCCACACCGCGUCCGCCUUCCCGCUGCCCGCCGGUAAGAGGCCUCCCGAGGCGCCCGCCGAAGACCGCUCCCUCGGCCGCCGCCGCGCGCCCUUCGCGCCGAGCAGUGACUCAAAUAUGCCAGAGGAUUAUCCUGAUCAGUUUGAUGAUGUCAUGGAUUUUAUACAAGCCACCAUUAGAAGACUGAAAAGGUCACCAGAGAAACAAAUGGCCGUGCUUCCUCGCAGAGAGCGGCACCGACAGGCUGCAGCCGCCAGCCCGGAGGGUUCCCGAGGGAAAGGCCGGCGGGGCCAGAGGGGCCGAAAUCGGGGGUGCGUCUUAACUGCCGUGCAUCUGAAUGUCACCGACUUGGGUUUGGGCUACGAAACCAAGGAGGAACUCAUUUUCAGGUACUGCAGCGGCUCAUGCGAUGCGGCCGAAACAAUGUAUGACAAAAUAUUAAAAAACUUGUCCAAAAAUAGAAGGCUGGUGAGUGACAAAGUCGGGCAGGCGUGUUGCAGACCCCUCGCCUUCGAUGACGACCUGUCCUUUUUAGAUGAUAAUCUGGUUUACCAUAUUCUGAGAAAGCAUUCCGCUAAACGCUGUGGAUGUAUCUGACUCCCGCUCCAGAGACCGCUGUGUAUUGCAUUCCUGCCACAAAGUGCAAAGAAAGGGACCAAGGUUCCCAGAAGAUGUUUGCCCGGAGUGGAAGAUAAGGACCAAGGAGGCGAGGAGGAGGAGGCAGGCAGCCGUUGUGGGAGCCUGGUAGAGGGAGAUCCAGCUACAGAAAACUGGACGGGAGAGAGAGAAAACAGCUGUCUGCAUUCUCCCAGAUGGCGGCCAGCGUCACCAGAAGCUCAGGGCCGGUGUCCCUGCUUGGGUGUUGCCAUCGUUUCAUCCGAUACGGUCCACCGUCGCCGGUCACGGGUACAGUUGCGGAUGCACUUGAAACCAAACCAGUGUAUCUCCUGUGGUUUGUUUUCACAUGUCAGGAGACACCAGGGAAAUGGUCCUCCUGGUGUCAUUCCUUGUCAUUAUGUUUUACUGCUGAAAGCAAGAAAGGUUUAUUUUUCUGUCACUCAGUGGAGACAUACACCGGCAAGGAGGAAAAAAAAAAAAGCAAAGACACACACGAGAGGUAGUAACCUUUGCUUUUGAAGGUUCAGGCCUGAGGUUUACUCCAGCCAGCGUUUUGGGGAACAGUGGGUGAUUGAUUUCAAACAUGGUGUGUGAGGUGGGAAGAGGUUGGCUAGGAACCAAAAAGGCUGUCCUCAUGACUAAAACCAAACCUGAAGGUAUUUCCUUUCUGUCCUUGGAAACAGGAAACCAGUUGUGGUUUUCGGCAGCAUUCUUGCAGGAGAGCGUUCGGGGAAGGCCCCCAGCUGCACCGGGGCGGGGAGGCCGCCGGGCUCUCGGUUUACAGAGAGACAGAUGUUACAUACACCCCAGCUCCGUUAUGCGUGGUCACCAGUGACCAGAGAAGCUACUCGAUGCAAUGCAUCUGUUUCAGAUACAGAAGUAUAGAGAAAAUAUUUAUUGAGAUUUAAGUUAUUGUUAUUUAUUACCGUUCACUAAUGAGUUUCUCUUUUUUCCCUUAUUUAUUAAAGUUUCUUUUCAAAGGUGCCAAAGUAUAUGUGCUCGCAAAAUGCAAAAGAAGGUGACAAAGGAAAUUUUAAUUGGGAACAAGGGUCCAUGCUUUUCAAAGUAUUAAAAAGUUUUUCCGCUAGGCAAAAAAUCACUUACUUUACCUUUUUUAAGAAGAGCUCUCGUGUGAUUCCCCCACAUCUCAGCGUCUUACCUGUUUUCAUAUUUUAGAGAAGAAACGUGUCAGAAGGAACAUUUCUGACCGGCCCCCUUUUCGGGAGCAGUACACAGAGACCGGGGCACUCGGCUUCAUUUCUUCACGGUCCUGUCUCCCAGCAGACAGGCCGUGUGCUCCAUUCCCUGUUGUAUUUAAGCUCUCACUCCCCUCCGCGUGUAUCUGUCUAUCAUAUGCAUAACCAUAUAUAUCAAAGGUUAA